GAGGUCCUGUAAACCAUAUGAGACAAUCAAGUACCCAUGAAAGCUAUGAGAUCACCGAUUUGACACUAUCCCCAGUCAUUUGCGCCGGCGAACAAAGCAAGCAGCGUGAUUCUGGACCUCGUCGUGUCCAGGAUCGAAGUACCGAGAACUCAGAUGACGAAUCACUACUCAACAGACACGCUCCAAGAAAGAUAGAGUCAAGGUCCACGCCCACAAUUUCCAAGGAGAGCCCCCAAUCUAGUCUGCAGCCCUCAGGCGAUUUACACGUUCUGGAGGGCAUAUCCCGCAAUGAAAAUAACAGGAACCGUCAACUGCCUCAAAUGAUAGCCUGUAGCCCAGCCAAAACACCGAUGACUGGAGCUAUGCCAGGAUAUAACCUUGUAGCAAGGACCAUAGAGCUACCAGUCAAGAUAUUGGAAAUGGAUGGAAGUAAUGGCUAUAAAUGGCGGAAUGAAGGUACACCUCGUGACCUUCGUAGAAAAUUGGAGAUAUUACUGCUCAGCCAUAUCAACGAUCGAUCGAGGGAACAAUACUUCCGGGCCUGGCUGAGAAAUCCAAAGGGUUGUGCACUGGCUUAUGCUGUUGGCCACAGACCCGGUUCAAUCGGUCCCCAGCCGUACACGGCAUGCGACAAAUGUACCGGGGCAAAAAGACCUUGCGUGAUUAUGGUGUGGGAACGGGGCUGCCGACAACUGGAAUUCAAACUAAUUCAGGACUUUCUGAGUAGCGGGACCAUUAGCGACGUUGGAUUCUAUGUGCCGGAAAGGACGGCCUCAUCGUGAUUGACUGAGACCGAAGAUGCCUGGUGCAACUUGACCCAAGUUGCGUAUGGUCAUGUUUCUCUCAAAACUGAC